AUGAUUGGUCUGGAAAGCAUCACACUCAAAUUUCUCGCUAUCAAGGCCCAGGUAGAUGCGGCUUUACGGCAAAACAUUGACUUCAAAGAGGAGCGAUUCGGCUCAGUACUCCUUGGGAACCCGGGCACAGGGAAAACAACGGUCGCGCGCAUCUACGCCAAGUUUCUGACAUCUAUGGGUAUCAUUCCCGGAAGCCACAUUGAAGAGACAACGGGGUCUCGCCCUGCGAAUGGCGGUGUAUCGGGCUGUGAGAAACAAAUCGAUGCUAUCCUUAACAAAGGAGGUGGGGUGCUCUUCAUUGAUGGGGCUUACCAGCUCGCUCCAGGCGGCGCCAUGGGCUCGCAAGUGCUUGACUUUUUGCUUGCAGAGAUCGAGCGGCUCACGGGCAAGGUGGUCGUGGUUCUCGUAGGUUAUAGGAGCCAGAUGGAGAAGUUCUUUGCUCACAACCCUGGGCUUCUAAGUCAGUUUCCCCACGAGUUCACGUUCGAAGACUAUAGCGAGACGGAACUACGAUCAAUCCUGGAGGGGCAUGGGGACAUCUCCUGCCGCAUCAUUGCUCGUCGUAUCAGCAGGCAACGCGGCCAUGAAAGGUUUGGAAAUUCCCGCACAGUGGAGAACAAUCUGUCUCGCAUAUAUGAACGUCAAUCCAAACGUCUCGCAGAAGAACGAAGACGGAAAGUUUCCACGGACGGCUUUCUCCUCACCAAAGAAGAUUUAAUCGGUCCGGAACCUAGCAAGACACUCCAAAACUGCUCCGCCUGGAAGAAGCUACAAGAAAUGAUCGGUCUUGAGACUGUCAAAGACACCUUGCGUGCCUUACUAGACAGCAUACAGACCAACUACCAGCGAGAGCUUGUGGAGGAGCCCUUGGUUGACUUCACUCUGAACCGUGUGUUUCUAGGGACGCCUGGGACCGGGAAGACGACGGUUCCUAAGCUAUAUGGUAAGGUCCUAGUGGACAUUGGGUACUUGUCAAAUUGUGAGGUUGUCGUCAAGAGCCCCGCAGACUUUGUGGGAAGUGUGAUAGGGCAGUCGGAACAGAAUACCAAGGGUAUCUUAGCUUCCACUGUUGGGAAAGUCCUUGUGAUCGAUGAGGCCUAUGGCCUUUUCGGGGGUGGGACUCGCGACCCAGCCGGUGCCCACACGAAUCAGUACAAGACCGCAGUUGUCGACACAAUCGUUGCAGAGGUACAAAGUGUCCCGGGAGAUAACCGAUGUGUGCUCCUUCUAGGGUACGAAGAGCAAAUGAAGAGAAUGUUUCAAAACGUCAAUCCGGGGCUGUCGAGGCGGUUCCCCAUGGAUGCCGCAUUUGUCUUCGACGACUUCUCAGAUGAUGAACUUGGCCAGAUACUAGACCUCAAGCUACGACAACAAGGAUUCAAGGCUUCAGCUCAAGCUAGGAAAGUCGCACUGGAGGUUCUGUCCAGAGGUCGAAACGGUCCACACUUUGGAAAUGCUGGGGAGAUAGAUAACCUCAUGAACGGUACCAAACUCCGUCAGCAAAAGCGGCGCUCCUCAGCGAAGAAGACUAAAGCGUCUUGGAGCGACCUACUGCCGCAAGACUUUGAUCCCGACUAUGACCGCGGGGACAGCAGCGAGACCAACAUCCCAAUGCUGUUCCAGGGCAUUGUGGGGUGUGAGACGAUAGUCAAACAACUGGAAGGUUAUCGUCAAACUGUCAAAAAUAUGCGGCAUUUGGACAUGGACCCGAAGGAGCAGGUUCCCUUUAACUUUUUUUUUCAGAGGCCCGCCUGUUCAGGAACUGGGAAGACAAGGACUGCCAGGAAGAUGGGCAAAGUCUACUACGAUAUGAAUCUGUUGUCCUCCGCAGAAGUCAUCGAAAGUUCAGCAACUGAUUUGAUAGGGUCGUAUGUCGGCCAGACCGGUCCCAAGCUCUUGGAGAAGGCUUUAGGAAAAGUGCUUCUGAUUGACGAAGCUUAUCGACUUGCUGAAGGGCACUUUGCAAAGGAAGCAAUGGACGAGAUUGUGGACUGCAUCACCAAGCCGAAAUUCUUCCAGAAACUCAUCAUCAUUCUAGCGGGCUACGAUAAUGACAUUAACCGACUCAUGGCCACCACCCGAGGAUUGACUAGCCGCUUCCCGAAUCGCUCGAGUUCAAAGGGCUUGAGCCAGAUGACUGUAUCGAGUUCUUGA